AUGCUUACUGCCAUUGGAGACGGAGCCAUCGCCAUGAGGAGACGCGCAAAGCCGAAGAAGAGUGUUCCGCCACUACAGCAGGCCGAGUUCGACGCGCUGCCUGAUUCAGUCCAGAGAAAGUACUUCUCGUCCCUGGAAAAGCUCCAGAUCCGGCAAGCGAGUGCGGAUCAGCAUGGCUCAGAGCACUCGGUCUCGUCGCGCGCGGAUUCAUCUACACCUCUGUGCCCCUCUGUGACCCCAGGCACCCGCCGCAAUCCCAAGCCAGACCACCCGCCGCACAGCCCCGCCGUUUCGCAGCAGGAGCUCGAUUUUUUCUUCUCGCUGCCUGAGAAGCUCCGCAAAGUGCACUAUUCGCGGGAAGAGCAGGCCGUGCUGCUUGGCCGGUGCGAACAGGCGUUCCUGGCCUUUGAUUACGACGACCACCUUGAGCGUGCACAACAACGCUUCAGUGACUUCCACUUCGGCUUCCAGCGAGACCCGUACCACACCUGUGACGCGCCCCGCCAGCCCUCACCAGCACCUUUACCAGCACCCUUACCAGCACUAUCACCAGCACCCUCCCUCAAAUCCAUCGCAUCCUGGUCCGUAACCCCGAGCCGAUCAUUUUUUAGCCCCUCGGCGCAAGAGAAGGAAGACGCGGAAAGUAGCCUCUUCUACCUCGACAUCAUGAGUCCAACCUCGUCCAAACGGCCAACCCCCCAGUCUGCAGUCAGACGGACCAUGUCUCUCACCUCCACGUCCAUGCAGUACUCGUCUUCGUCGGCUGUCCUCGUUGGCCAUCCUGUGGGCUUCACCUCAGCACCAAGGCCCUCCGUUCACCAGCGCGCACAUUCCUCGUCACUAUCAGGGCGGAGGUCUUUACAAACACCAACACCCCCUCUUUUCGAUCCCGAGGCCACCCACUAUUCGGACCCCGAAGCAAGAAAGAAGCUACGCACUUAUCUCGCUUCUCCUCAAAAAUUCGACGAGGCCAUAGAGUUUGGCUUCCCUUCAACAGCCGGUGAAGACUCCGUCGCCCCUCACUUCCAGCUGCCGCCCAUCACGAGCCACUCUCGCAAGUUUAGUCGAGACAUGCACACCUUCCUGCGCGAGGGCAAGCUGUCGUUCUUCGAGGACAUUGCCCGCGACAACCAGGGUCUCGAGUCUGACGACGACUCCGUGCCCGACGUGGAAUCACCCACCACCCCGUCGAGCACCGGGCAGUCCUUCCGUGUGCACACUCGCCAGAUCUCGCAUUCCAAGCUUUGCAAUGACGAUCUUUCCGGCCUUUCUCCCUUGCACACAUCCACUGGUCACUUCAACCGCGAGAUGACUCUCCGCAUGACCCUGACCCGGCCUGAUCUACGAGCUGAUGAGGACCAACUGUACGGCUGGCAAGCGACAAGCCCAAAGGUCCCCAGAGAUGACCCCUUGGCUUUGGAGGACUUGGUCUUCUCCGACGACGUGACUGGUACCAAAGGGGCAUUUUACGUCAAGCCAAAGCCUCGCGGUAACCUUGUUACGCGUAUGCUCAAGCGAGCGAGCUUGAAAGGCCGUUGA